AGAAAUAUGGUAUCGAUAAAAUUUUACAACCAUUUGGUAGUAAUGCUCCUCCGUCCAUUACGCCAAAUCAAAAAAUUCAAACGAUUGUCGCGGCCAUUCAAGCUUGUCACAUACAUUCACUUGACGUAACAAAAAAUAUGCGUUGGGUUUUUACUGGUGGAGAGGAUGGAUUUAUAAGAAAAUACGAUUUUUUUUCUUCAAUGAGAGGUAAAACUUUGUUAACACAAAAUCAAAAACAUACACAAGUUGAAUUAGUUCAAAAGGCUGGUGUAAUAGAAAUACCGAUAUCUUUACCAGUUGUAGUCAAACCUGGACAAAUCAAUAUUGGUACAUUUCGACCGAUUACACAUUCAUCACCAUCAUCUCAAGCAUCAAUACAAAGUUCUCCUACAUCACUUGAAACCGUGUUUGAAGAAUCAGAUUAUACAAUAAAUCAUUUUAGAGACAUAUUACUUACUACGAGCAUUGACGAUAAUUGCUUUAUAUGGGACAAAAGGCUAGCAAAUUUUAUACCGAGAAAGUUGCCAGUUCCAGAAAAAACGCCACCAUGGUGUUUAUCAGCUUGUUGGAGUGCUGAUGGUAAUAAGAUUUACUGUGGGCGACCUAGCAUGCCUAAUAAUAAACAUAUUGUAUGUGCAUCGACAGAUAAUAUAAGAUUUUGGAAUUUUGACGAAUCUGAUACUGCAAGAUCAAUUGUUCCAUUUCUUAUCAUUCCAGGUUAUCAUGGUGGAACUAUAUCACAAAUCUGUAUCCUUUCAAUGGGAUGGGAAGGAUCAAAUACUGAAGCCGCAUUAUUUUACGAAAUUAUUCCGAUUGUUUGA